AUGAACUUCUGGCCAAUGAUUGACUGCCUAUUGUUGAUUGAUGUCAGUCCAGAUAUGCUGUUAACGUAGUGGUUGCUGAUGUAUUUUGGUAGUCUGUAAGCCAUUUUUGUUGCCAAUUCAUCUGCUUAAGGACAGGAAGCGAGGAAAGGAAGCAUUAAUUGUUUAGAAAAAAUUAUUUUGACCAAUGACAUCUCGGUAACUGCAUGUGAGUUACCACCUUAUUCAUCGCCAUUGGACAACAUUCACUCUUUAAUCGUUGAUUGGACGACAUCGUUGCAACGCUUUUUCAAGCUUUUUAUUUUAUUGCGGAUGUUUUGGUUCCAAUCGAAAAAAUCAGAAACGGGUGCAUUUAGCUAGUUGACUCAAGCCGAGCAGCUAAAUAACCAGGACUAUCAUGAAGAGAGUCACUCUGUUUGUCAACGGAACGUCUUCCAAUGGCAAGGUUGUGGCGCUGUAUGGAUCGCUGACAGACCUGCUGUCCGUCGCUAGCAGUAAACUGGGAAUCCGAGCCUCCAGCGUUUAUAACGGGACAGGCGGUCUUAUAGACGACAUAACGCUUAUAAGGGAUGAUGACGUGCUGUAUGUGUCUGAGGGCGACUCCUUUGAUGAUGCGAGAAAGACAAAGUGUGCAGACCCCCAGGAUGACCCUGGUUGUCCAGACUGGUUCCAAACUCACACUGAUUGGCUGACGCUCAACGUUGGGGGUUGCUGCUUCACCACCACACGGAGCACUCUGGUCAGUAAAGAACCAGCGAGCAUGCUGGCCCACAUGUUCCGAGACAAAGAUGUGUGGGGUAAUAAACAGGACUCCCAUGGUGCCUACCUGAUAGACAGGAGUCCAGGCUACUUUGAACCAAUCCUCAACUACCUGAGACACGGACAACUCAUCAUCAAUGACGGCAUCAACCCACUGGGGGUCCUGGAGGAAGCUCGGUUCUUCGGCAUUGAGCAGCUGGCUGAGCAACUGGAGAACCUGAUCAAGAGUUCCCAGCCUGCUGAUGACCACUCCCCUCUAACCAGGAAGGAGUUUGUACGUUUCCUGUUGGCCACACCCACCAAGUCAGAGCUGCGCUGUCAGGGUCUGAACUUCAGCGGUGCAGACCUGUCUCGCCUGGACCUGCGCUACAUCAACUUUAAGAUGGCCAACCUGAGAGCUGCCAACCUCACUCACGCCAACCUCAGUGGUGCCAACCUGGAGCGGGCAGACCUGUCCUCAGCCUGCCUUGACGUGUGUUACUGUGGAGCUAACCUACAGGGUGUUAAGAUGCUGUGUUCUAAUGCGGAGGGUGCAUCUCUGAGAGGCUGUAACUUUGAGGACCCUGCUGGAGUCAAAGCCAACAUGGAGGGUGCCAACCUAAAGGGGGUGGACAUGGAGGGUAGUCAGAUGACAGGUAUCAACCUGCGAGUUGCCACACUGAAGAACGCCAAGCUGAAAAACUGCAACCUGAGAGGAGCUACACUGGCUGGCACAGACCUGGAGCUCCCUCCCUCUCUUUCUCCCCCUCUCUCUCAGAACUGUGACCUGUCUGGAUGCGAUCUACAGGAAGCUAACCUUCGGGGCUCCAACGUGAAGGGAGCCAUCUUUGAAGAGAUGCUGACUCCACUGCACAUGUCUCAGAGUGUACGAUAACCCCACUGCACAUGUCUCAGAGUGUACGAUAACCCCACUGCACAUGUCUCAGAGUGUACGAUAACCCCACUGCACAUGUCUCAGAGUGUACGAUAACCCCACUGCACAUGUCUCAGCGUGUGCGAUAACCCCACUGCACAUGUCUCAGCGUGUGCGAUAACCCCACUGCACGUCUCAGCGUGUGCGAUAACCCCACUGCACAUGUCUCAGCGUGUGCGAUAACCCCACUGCACAUGUCUCAGAGUGUACGAUAACCCCACUGCACAUGUCUCAGAGUGUACGAUAACCCCACUGCACAUGUCUCAGAGUGUGCGAUAACCCCACUGCACAUGUCUCAGAGUGUGCGAUAACCCCACUGCACAUGUCUCAGAGUGUGCGAUAACCCCACUGCACAUGUCUCAGAGUGUGCGAUAACCCCACUGCACAUGUCUCAGCGUGUGCGAUAACCCCACUGCACAUGUCUCAGCGUGUGCGAUAACCCCACUGCACAUGUCUCAGCGUGUGCGAUAACCCCACUGCACAUGUCUCAGCGUGUGCGAUAACCCCACUGCACAUGUCCCAGCGUGUGCGAUAACCCCACUGCACAUGUCCCAGCGUGUGCGAUAACCCCACUGCACAUGUCUCAGCGUGUGCGAUAACCCCACUGCACAUGUCUCAGCGUGUGCAGUAGGGUUAUCGUACACGUCUCAGAUUGUGCUACUCCUCCACUGAACCCCACACAAACACACUCCUGGUCCUUAAGUCAUUCCUCCCAACCCCCUGUGUAGCUCACCACUGAUUUUCUCUUCUCAGAAGAGACUAGUUGCCCAAUACUAUAUCAACCCUUAGGAGUCACUUAGCUGCCCGAGGGCAGUGGUUGUUCCUCUGACAUGAGUGAAUGUGAAACGAGACCCAGGAAUGUUUUAGUUCUGGUACACAUGUUUGUAUAUAUGGCGUAAAAGGUUCUACAUGUUUGUAUAUAUGGCGUAAAAGGUUCUACAUGUUUGGAUAAUAAUAUAUGUAUUUUGAAGGUAGAUACGGCAGAUUCGGGCCAACUUCCGCAACAACAAACGGUGUGAGGCUAAACUUCUCGCUGUUUUGGUCUCGCAGCUAUCACGUUGCAGCAGUGUGAAUCUGAGGUUCAUGGCAAAAGUUAUAUGGCUGAGUCUCACUUUAAUGGGUCCACAUGUACAUUAUCCUACAUGGACCAUCUUCUCCAUGCCAGGGGUUGGAUUUCCAUCACAUGGUGCUACACUUUAUCAUUGUGAAAAGUUGUUCUAUUUUUGUAUCACACUAUCACUGUAUAAUUACUGUCUUAUGUCUUUUGCAAUAAAGGCUCUAGCCUGUUUUUAGUA